UGCUUUUGAAAACUAUUAUUUUAAUUUAUGGAUUGAUUAUUAUACUAAUUUAUCGAGAAGGAAAUACUUUGAAUUAUUUAUCACAGGAAUGUGAUAGUAAAUCAGAAUGGGGCCCAUGGCGUUGUCCUGGUAUAGGAACAAAAUGUACUGCUAACAUUGCAACACGUUAUAAAUGCAUCGGUGGAAAUUGUACAAGUGAUAGUCUAUGUGCUAAACUUGAAAAUCAUACUCAAUCAGAUUCCUGCGUAAAAGUUCUUCAACGUGGUGAAUGUGAACCUUGGUGGACCAACUGGUCAUCGUGGUCUAAAUGUACAACAACUUGUAGAUUCCAUGAAAAACAUCGUUCCCGGUUUUGUACAGGAGCCUUUAAUUAUAAUAGUUACAAAUUUAAGGUAAAAGAUUCAAUUUUAAAAUCUUGUGCAUCUAUCGAAAGAAUACACGAAGAAGUUGAAAAAGUCUCUUGUCCUGUAAGUCGCCUAUGUUCAGCUAUUAAUGGUGGUUGGAGUCAAUGGAGUGAAUUCACUGAAUGUUCUGUUACAUGUGGCAUAGGAAAACGUGUUCGACGUCGUCACUGUGAUCAUCCUAGACCACAAGAAGGUGGAUUAUACUGCAUAGGAACUGACCACCAAGAGGUGCUUCGUGAUGAUUGAAAAUUUUCAAGACAUGUUUUGUAUUAAGCUCAUUAGUUUACAACUGUAAAAAAGGAUAAGAAGAUUACUUAAGUUUUACUAUGCUUUCCGUGUAUUAAAUUGAGUUCUUUUGAAAUUUUUUCAUCAGAAUUUUCCGUUUUAGUAUAGAAAUUUUUAUAAACAGGUAUUCUGUGAAGGUUAUUUACCGUGCCCACGAAAAGGACAGUGGUGCUCUUGGUCACCAAUCAUUCAGCAUUGCACACGUAAUUGUGGACCACGUGGGAUGGGAUUAAGAUUACGCCAGUGUGCUUGCCCGAAGCCGUCGCAAGAUGGUGAAGACUGUGAAAUACCACCAGAAACAGCAGAAAUGGCAGUUAAUCUAUUAGUUAAUAACAGUACUGACGCUCCAACGGGAUCUGCACUUGAAGCAAUACUUAAAGGUGAAGGAUUAUGGGAACCAUGCAACCGUCAUCAUUGUUCAUAUUUAAAAACAUUAAAUACUGAAGAAGAUUUAUUAUUGUUGGAGGAUUUAAAUCUUCAAAGAGCAGAAGAUGCCUGGAUAUCAUCAGGUGGUCUACCACAGAGAAUUCAUGGUCCCUUAAAACUUUUCUGUCCAUCAUCACGUAAUUCUCGUAAGAAAAUAUUCGAUAAAUCUGAACGCUUUCCAAAAUCCAAGUUUUACUGGACUCGUUCAAUUCCCACUUCUUCAAAAGAACCCUAUUAUAUUCCGGGAAUACCAAUAGUGAAUUCAAAUCUAUUUAUCGUUGAAAAUGAUCACUUGACUAUUCAUAGUUUAGACCCAUCGACUAUGGGAAUUUAUCGAUUUGGUUACGAGUAUGAACCUGGCUAUUUUGAAACAGUUUGCUUUUUUCCUGUUUAUAUUCAUCAAUGGCAACAAGUAUGUAGUUAUAAUGCGUCCAAUUUGAAGCUCGAAAGUAACUGAAUUCAAAGUAAUAUAUUUUUAUCAGUAUAAGGGACUUGUGGAGAUAGUAAUAUUUUCAUGGUUGAAAUCAGGAGUCGAUCUAAUCUAAACCACCACUAAAAAACUGUGGGCACCGGACGUCCUUUACAUCCUAGUAUUGGACCCUUCAGCGAUGCACAUCCAUUAUCCUAUACGCAAGACUCAGACCCAGGGCUCACACACAAUCACCGAGUCGGCCUCCAACUGUGUUGAAGUCUAACUUUAAUCAACUGUGGAUGCGCACUGCUGAAAAGUUCCGUACUAGAAAAAAGCGGCCGUCCAGUACUUCCAGAUUUUCAAUGGUGGUCUAGCUUAGAUCGACUUAUAAUAUAUUUUCAUUUCAAACAAUUCAUAAGUGAAUCGUAUUUUUUAAAGUAACAAUGAAUUUGGAGCUUAGAUCUGAUUAGCAAUAACAUGUUGAUGGAAAAAAUAACGCAAUUUCAUAAGAUAAAGUAAUCUAACAACAACUUGACUCAUAAUAAAGAUCAACCAUAUGUUAAAUCAUUAAAAAAACUUUCAAAAUGUUCAUUUUAUUAGGGAAUAUUUCAGACAACUCGUCUAUUUGAUUACAAUUACCCUGUGUAAUUGAUUAAAUACAGCGUUAAUUAACACUAGUCGAAUAUCAUUUGAAAUAAAUUAUUAGCACAGCGAAGUGACCGAAGGACUGAUAAUCAUUACGUUCAAUAUAUUUUGAUCAGCUCUGGAAUCCAGGACUCGCUGUUCGUACUAUUUAAAAGAGGUUUUCCUAUUUUUUAAAACUAAAUAUACUACUUUAUUUAAAAAUAAAUUGAACAACACUUUUUGUAAAAUUAUGUGUUUAGGUAUUAUCUCAUGGAGAAACAUUUGACUUAGUUUGUAAUUCAUUGGGAUUAUGGCCUAUUAUAAGUAAAUCUACCACUACAAAAUGGUUCAUUUAUUGGAACGUAACUUUAUUGGAAAAAGAAGAGCAGAAUGAUAUAAAAAAGCAUAAAUUAUGGUGGUAUACAGAACUGAAAAAUUCUCAUAUCGAUAAACAUGAAGGAAAUAAUUCAUUUGACAAUCAAACUGAUAAUCCAUCAAUGUUUGGAACACAUUUCACAUUAUGGGAUACAGAAUAUAAGAGACUGUAUGAUACUGUGAAAAAAAUGACAGGAUAUUAUGAAUGUCAUAUAUUUAAUCAACUUAAUUCCACAUAUAAUCGAACAUUUAUCACGCAAUCAAUUCAUCUUAUAAUAAAACCACCUCCAAAUAUAUGGACCUUAGUGAAAGGCUGGUGUUUACAGCAUCAAAUAAAUUUAAUAAUAUUAUUUUUGAUAAGUAUAAUAACAAGUCUUUCAUAUGCAACUUAUAAAUGGACAAUAGCAAAGAGAUUAUCAAAACUAGAAAUUCAAAUGAAUGAAACAAGAAAGCAUAGACAAAGUACCAAUUUCGAUGACAUUUACAUUAUCAACUAGUUUCGACUAUUUGGUAACAAACAUGCUUUAAUGCAAUCGAAAUGAAUUCAGUUUGACUGAGUUUGUAUGAAAGUAACAGUUCAAGAGCAAUUAUACUGUAUAAAUAACGUAACAACAGGAGAGCUAAAUAAACUAUUAUCAUGAAAAGUAAUAUUAAAAUGUAGAAAUGCGUUAAUACAUUAAUUGCUUAUAUAGAAAAUGUAAUUUUAUUUACAAAAAUAUGCUUGAAAAUAAAAAUUAUUC